AUGGCGUAUGCAGGCCGGUUAGCCAUCAUCGCGGGCGGUAUAGGAGGGCUCGGCUCAACCACCGCGGUCAAACUGCACGAGCACGGCGCCAGUCUUGUUCUAUUGUAUGCACCCUUCGAAGCGUCUCGAGUACCUACCGUCUUGGAGUCAGUCUUCGGAAGCCAAGAGCCGGAUGGGGUCGUCGCCUACGAAUGUGAUAUCACGGAUGAGAAGUCGGUCCAAGAAGUCUUCAGUCGUAUCGAGCAGCUCGACGCCUUUCCCUCCGUCCUGGUCAACGCGGCAGGUUAUGUCUCGGUGCAGCCACUGGAAGACACGUCGGCAGCCGAAGCGCUGAAGAAUUUCCUUCCGAAUCUACUCGGACCGUUCAUCACGAGUAACGCGUUCUUCAAGAUCUACCAGUCGAGGAAGUCACGGUUGAGGCAUGGCGACAAGGCCCCCCCCGGUCGCAUCGUCAGCAUUGCCUCCCAGGCCGCACAUGUUGCACUCGAUGGGCACGGAGCAUACUGCGCCUCCAAAGCAGGAUUGAUCGGGCACACCAAAUGCAUGGCUAGUGAAUGGGCGUCGAGAGGCAUCACCGCCAACACCGUGAGUCCGACAGUUACAUGGACACCACUUGCAGCAAAGGCAUGGGCGGAUGAAGCAAAGAAGGAGAAGCACUUGUCCCAGAUCCCAACAGGUCGAUUUAGCGUCCCGGCCGAGAUUGCAGAAGCCAUUGAAUUCCUGUGUCGCGACACCAGUGGCAUGAUCAACGGGGCUGAUCUUCGGGUCGACGGUGGCUUCACCAUCAGUCGAUAG